GGCCCACCACAAACUCAUUCUUUCACUCCAUCUCUCCCUGUGCGCUCGGCCUCUCCUACUGUACGUCGCUUGCCUGCCUAGCACAACCCUGCCACCAGCCUGCCUGGAGAUUAAUCUCGAGUUUCUGUCAGAAUUGAACAUACGUGUUAGGCCGGCAACAGAACCUACGGUACGCCAAUUCCUUGAAAUUCGCGCGUGACGGCUUCCAGCCUGCUGUUGCUUGCUGCGAGUUCUGCUGUGGAAAUCAGAAACCCUAGAUUUACGUUUCGCGAACCCGGAGUCUACUAUUGUUGAUUAGUCAGCAAGCGGCAAGGAGUCAGGCAUGGGGACGGAACGCAAGCGUAAGAUCAGCCUCUUCGACGUCCCGCCAGAAACGAGCCGCCAGAAGGUGGACGGACUAACGGACGCGGCUGCAGCGGCGGCGGCUGUAAUCGCGGCGGCAGCAGCGACGAUUAACCCAUAUAAUGGCCGGCCGUACACGCAGCGGUAUUUUGAUAUUCUCGAAAAGCGGCGGACGCUGCCGGUGUGGCAGCAGAAGCAGGAGUUUGUGGAGCUCCUGAAGAAGCAGCAGAUCAUCGUGCUCGUGGGAGAGACGGGUAGCGGGAAGACCACACAGAUUCCCCAGUUUGUCGUGGAGUGCCUGAACGCGACCCCCAAGAAGCAGGUCGCGUGCACGCAGCCGCGGCGAGUGGCGGCGAUGUCGGUGUCGCGGCGAGUGGCGGACGAGAUGGAUGUGACUAUAGGGGAGGAGGUCGGCUACUCGAUUCGAUUCGAGGACUGCAGCGGACCCAAGACCAGCCUCAAGUACCUGACCGACGGUAUGCUUCUACGUGAGGCCAUGGCCGAUCCUUUAUUGGAACGUUACAAGGCCAUCAUCCUGGACGAGGCGCACGAGCGCACGCUGGCGACGGACGUGCUGUUUGGGCUGCUCAAGGCGGUGCUGGAGCACCGCAAAGACCUCAAGCUGGUGGUCAUGAGCGCCACUCUCGAGGCGGAGAAGUUCCAAGGGUACUUCCAUGGGGCGCCGCUCAUGAAGGUUCCUGGAAGGCUGCAUCCCGUCGAGAUCUUCUACACGCAGUGCGUGAGAGCCAGAACGAGAUUACCUGGAAGCCGCCAUCCGCACGGUGGUACAGAUCCACAUGUGCGAGCCCCCCGGCGACAUCCUCGUGUUCCUAACUGGAGAGGAGGAAUCGAGGACGCGUGCAAGAAGAUUGCCCGCGAGGUGCAGAACCUGGGCGACCAGGUCGGACCCGUGAAGGUCGUGCCGCUCUACUCCACUCUGCCGCCCGCCAUGCAGCAGAAAAUCUUUGACGCCGCCCCGCCGCCCGUGAAGGAAACGGCCCGCCCGGGCGGAAAAAUCGUCAUUUCCACCAACAUCGCAGAGACUUCCCUCACGAUCGACGGUAUCGUGUAUGUCAUCGACCCAGGGUUCUCCAAGCAGAAGGUCUACAACCCUCGGAUCCGCGUCGAAUCGCUCCUAGUCUCCCCGAUUUCGAAAGCCUCGGCGCACCAGAGGGCCGGCCGCGCCGGCCGAACCCAACCCGGGAAGUGCUUUCGGCUAUACACGGAACGGUCCUUCCAAAAAGACCUUCAGGAGCAAACCUACCCGGAAAUCCUCCGGUCCAACCUUGCAAACGUCGUCCUGACCCUAAAAAAGCUCGGGAUCGACGACCUGGUGCACUUUGACUUCAUGGACCCACCUGCUCCGGAAACCCUAAUGCGGGCGCUGGAGUUGUUGAACUACCUGGGGGCGCUGGACGACGAGGGGAAUCUGACGAAGCUAGGGGAGCUCAUGAGCGAGUUCCCGCUCGACCCGCAGCUGUCCAAGAUGCUGGUGGUGUCGCCCGACUACAACUGCUCCAAUGAGAUACUCUCCGUCACUGCCAUGCUCUCAGGUUGGUUUGCCCGUGCUGUGAUGCUGGUUUAUGCGUGCUAUUGCGGUUUAUUGUUUCACUUUCCUAAAUCUGUUGUCUCCUGUUGCUCUUGAAACCUUGAGCUGCAAUCUAACCCUCCCACUUGCAGUGUGUUGCUUUUACUCUCUCUGGUUUUCCACUUCUGCUGCAGCAGGAGGAUCGCCCCACAUGCACUCUCCCUAUAAUCACCA